CUUAUUAGUCAUUCACGUCAAUCGUAAGAAUUAAGGAUUUUUGAUGUGCGAUUAAAGUGCUUUUCCAUUUAUUUUUUUAUGAAAAAUAUAUUCCAGCAAUGCUAUGGAGGGUUUUGAUACAAAAGAAAGCCACAGCUGUGCCGGGUGUCUGAACGACUUGGGGGAUGAGGACUACGUGUCGGCGCUGGGGCAGGAUUGGCACAAGGACUGUUUUAGGUGCUCAGUUUGCGACGCUCAGCUGACGACGUGGUACUUUGAAAAAGGCGGGCUUCUGUUCUGUCAGGCGGAUUACUGGGCGCGAUUUGGCGAUAUUUGUCAGCAAUGUUCAGAGAUAAUCACGGGCCCGGUGAUGGCGGCGGGCGAGCACCGCUUCCACCCGGAGUGCUUCGCGUGCGAGGCGUGCGGCGCGCACAUGGACGACACCGCCACGUACGCGCUGCUCGACCGCUCGCACCUGUACUGCGGCGCGUGCUACGCGCGCGGGUCGGGCGGGCCGGGCGGGUCGGGCGGGUCGGGCGCGGAGCGGCACGCGAUCCGCGUGGUGCGGCUGCCGGCGCGCGCGCUGCGCCUCGCCUCCGCGCGCGGCGCGCUCUCCAUCGCGCACGAGCGCUGUGCGGGCAAACUGUCCGCGCUCGUGCGCUCGCUGCUCCGCGCCGCGCUGCAGGCGUGCGUGCACCUCACGUGCCAUAGGAUAGACUCCAGCUGCGGUAUGCUGACGCUACACAUCGGUGACCGCGUGUUAGAAGUGAAUGGGUCGCCGGUGAGGAACCGGCCCUUGGCUGAAAUAGAACGAGUGCUGGCCAGGCCUGAUGUUAUACAGCUUACAAUAGAACACAAUCCGGACACAAUAAACGCCAAGCGCGGCGUCAGUACAAUCAGCGAUGAUAAACUUAAGCACGACAGCAAGUCGCCCGUAGAGAGGAAAAUAAAGGAAGACCUCAAAGUGCCCAAGAAGCAAUCGGAGGAGGAGGGCGUGAAAAAGGAGAGACUGUUCAAGAGGAAGGGGGAGGAGGGGGGCAAGGUGCGGGUUAUGAAGCGGCGGCAGACGCCCGCUUCGCCGCUGCUAGGGGAUAAGGAACGGAGUAGCAGCAUGUCGAAGUUGCUAGAUGUCGUGGAUGGAGAAGAGUCGAGUGGAGUGCUGUGCGAUCUGAGCAGAGCGAGGUCGUUCCGCGCCGAGCCGGCCCCGGGACAGAAGGUGUUCCGGGCUUCGGACUUGCUGCAGGGUGAACUAUUAGGCACAGGUUUUUUCGGGCACGUGUACAAAGUGACGCACCGAGCCACUAACGAGGUGAUGGUGCUGAAACAACUCUACCGGGUCGAUGAAGAGGCUCAAAGAAACUUUUUAAAGGAGGUGGCCGUGCUGCGCUCGCUGCGGCACCGCAACGUGCUGCGCUUCGUGGGCGUGCUGUACCGCGACCGGCGCCUGCACCUCGUCACCGAGUACGUGGCCGGCGGCACGCUGCACGACCUGCUGCAGAACACGAGCCGGCCGCUGAGCUGGUGCGCGCGCGCCCGGCUGGCGCGCGACGUGGCGGCCGGCCUGGGCUACCUGCACCGCAUGAACGUCAUACACCGCGACCUCAACUCGCACAACUGCCUCGUGCGGGCCGAUCAGGACAUGACAGUGAUAGUGGCGGACUUCGGUCUGGCGCGCGUGGUGCAGCGCACGGCCAGCAGCACGGCCAGCAGCGCGGCCCCGCACGCCUCGCUCAGGCGCAAGCGGUACACGGUGGUGGGGAACCCAUACUGGAUGGCGCCGGAAAUGAUGAACGGCAAUCUGUAUGAUGAGAAGGUGGAUGUGUUCUCCUUUGGCAUUAUUUUGUGCGAGAUUAUAGGCCGAGUGUCAGCUGACCCAGACUUUCUGCCGCGGCGGUCUGACUUCGGUCUGAACGAGGCGCAGUUCCUGGACAAGUUCUGUCGCACUUGCCCCGAGCCCUUCUACAGGAUCGCCUUCCUGGCCUGCAAGCUCGAACCGGACGAUAGGCCCCCGUUCGAAGUGAUGGAGAUCUGGCUGGAGUCGCUGGUGCUGCAGCUGUCGCAGCCGGCGCCGCUGCCGGGCACGCUGCUGGCGGACGUGGAGCGGUACGCGCGCACCACCGCCGCGCCCGAGCGCCGCGCGCACACUGACGGCGGCGUCUUCUGCGCCAACACGCGCACGCGCACGCGCCGCAGCCGCGAGGACCUGUGCGAGGCGGCGGCGGGCGAGCGCGCGGGCUGGAGCGCGCUGGGCAAGUGCGUGUCGGCGGGGCAGGUGUGCGCGGGGGCGGCGGGGCUGGGCGCGGGGGGCGCGGGGCGGGCGCGCUCGCGCUCGCACCACGCGCUCGCGCCCGGCUACAUCCUGCGCGCCGACGGGCCGCGCAUCGACAUCACUAAGGUUGACGAUAUAUCGGAAUGGCUCGAUCCUCCACCGCUCAAACGAACCAGCCCCGACUCCCAUCUCAACAACUUGCUAAACGAUACGAAAACUAGGAAAUUAGAAGAUACCAACUUGCCCGCCUUCCUCAGAAACCAGUCGGUGGAAGGGCUGGAGACCGACCAGAAGGAACACGACCACCGCCUGCCCUUCUGCAGACACCAAAGCAUUCCCGACCACUGCGAAAUACAGACUGACAAUGAAACCGACUCCUCCGACGACGAACUAGAAAUAAGGAUAGACUGCAACCCCAAAAUAUUAACGGACAUUGUCAAGAAGGGGAAUCUGCUCGCGAAAAAAGCGAGCUACGACAUCACGGACUCGCCGGAUAACCUCGAAGAAUUGAUCCCGGUGAAGGAGGAAAUCCCAAAGACGGUGGACAAGUGUGAGAAGAAUUCGCUAGCUAAGAAACUGCUGUCGCCGAAACUGAGCCGACUUUUCAAGCCGAACACCACGGAAGUCGUGAGGCAGAGGGAGGAAGAUAAGGAAAAGUCUAGAAGCAAGUUUUUCGUCCAACGACCCGCGUCUCCCAUCCGCUCCACGUACAGAGUGCGGCCGGCUGGCGACGAGCCGAAAAUUAGCCGGGACGUGAUCAAAAGCGACCUGAAGUUGGCCAGUUUGGGGAAACCAAUGACGCCUAUAUUCAGACGACAUUUGGCGGAUCGACAGGACUUCGACUGCAGAUACAGUUACCGGGAUAAGACUCAAGAUAAACUGGACAGGCGCAAAAUCGAGCCUCCGACGCGAAAGGCGCAGAAUUUGACGCCGCUUUUAGAGAAGAAAGAUGAUAAGCCGAAGCGGAGGGAGGGCAUCACGCGCAGCAAUUAUGUGAGGCUGGCGAAUCUCAAGAUCAGCAAGGAGCUGAAACCGGAGGGAGAGGUGAAAGGGUCGCCUGUAGAAAGGGUUAUAUAGGUUAAUGUGUGUUCUAAGUUCUUAGUCUCGUAGGACAAAACGCGUACGAAGGUUGUGAUGUAGAAAUCUUUCGGAAUAUCUCAGGAUACUUACAACGUAAUUCUUUUCAAAAAUCAUUAAUUACUUCUUUAAUACCAUCCUAAUCCAGAGGAUUAUCUAUACAAAUAAUGUCGGAGCAUACAAUCUGAAAUUCAAUUUCUAUAACUCAUAUCGGCUCAAAACAUUUUAAAUAAACACAUUAUUAUAAUUCUAUUCAACCGACGAAAUAUAAAAGCUCUCUAUUUGUCUAUAAUUUUGAUGGCUUCGUACCUCCGUGGGUUUUGAACCGAUUGCCAUUCUUUGUUUGAUAGGAAACUGUUACCAUUUGGUCCCAUAUUGUACCUUGGACUGUUCCUCCCCAUGACUGUUUUGUAAAUAAUGAUCAUAUAUUUAGAUAUUUGAUAAUAAAGCGCGUUUUUUCUCGAGACUGAAAUGAGGAACACAGGACACAGCGCCGGCGGUCGGCUCCGAGCAUCAGAAUGUAUUGUUAUAUUGUUCCUUCCAUGUUAGCGUUUUAGAAUUUAUCACAUCAUUUGGUUUAAAUGCUAUUUACAAGUAUAUUGCGUGUUAUUGUUGGUUUGGUCGACCGCUGGUGUAGUUUUGUAAACCGACUUUAUUUAUCUUUAAAAUUAUCGAUAGUGAAAUAAUUGACUCUAGCUCGGAAACAGCUGGAACGAUUUGGAUGAUAUUUAGUACAAUGUAUAACCUAAAUAAUCUUAUAAAGAUGUUGAAAAUAAAUAAACAUAUAUAGUUUAUUACGAGCGCAGUGAAGCGAUAUAUAAGCAAAAUAUUAAGCAUCAUGAUAUAAAAUGUUCGUAUACUUUUUUUCGUGCGAAGUAGGUUAAAUGUUAAAUGAAGUCGGUUUCCAGUCGUCUCUUGCCAAUGUCGUGUUUAUACAGUUGUUGAGUUGUUAAGUACUUAUCGUAAUACGCUUGGACGGAGUGGAGUUCACCAGUUGACUUGCCAACCGAUACUGCUCCUAGAAUCUAUAUAUUGGGGUCGCUAUAAAAUAGUACAGCUUCAUUUGUAGGGAAUUAUGAUGAUGUUAAAAUCAAAGCAAGAAAGUUACAGGUCUUAACUUCUGAAUAUUUAGCGAAAUACUCAAUUUUUCUAUCGAUUUUUUAAGCUCUGGAGUUGUUGUCUUGACAUCUUGAAGUAAUACUAACCACCAGAUGCAUAGCUCUGUCAUAUUCCCACGCCGGAAGUAGUAUGUCACGGUGACCCUUCAGAAAGUGCGUAUGUGAUGGCGUUAGACGACUUUGUCUCCCCCCCUCCAGCAGUUCAAGAAACGAAUUCAAAAGUUUCCAAGACAUCAGAAGCACUAGCUAAUUCUGAAUUAAUUGAGGUCAUAUUAAAUACGUACCUAUUUUAUAGCGAACCCAGAACAAAGUACUGUAAUAUAGUUAUAAUAUCUUAAUAAAAUUUUGAUACAGUUAUUGAACGUUUCAAGUUUUAUACAAAUAUACAAUAUUCAAUAGUUUUUGUACGCGUUGUUUUAGCACAAAAUAUAGCGGUUAUAGGUAGGUGCUUUUGCAGACUUCCCGGUGCCUUUGUCGAGACUGCGCAGUCUGUCAAAUUGUCAUCGAAAAUAAUGGUAGCCCUACACGAUCUUUCAAUGCAUGACGGUAAGUUGGAUCAAACAAAUUUGAUCGAGGAUAAAUUUCAUUUUAUAACAAUAUGAGAUUUUCUUACAGUUCAAAUUGACAAUAAUGUUCUUGUAUGGCUACCACAAAGCGUUGGCCUUGCGCCUGAAGUAUUAGACAUUUUGUGGAUUUUCAAUCGAAACGAUCGGUACCUCAGGCCCACGGCGUUUAGAGUUAUUUCGCCGUUAUUAAAUUAAACUUUAAGCAAAGGUGUUAAAGCUUUAUAUAAUUUUUGCGUGUGAUUGAUACAUAUAUUUUCCUUUCACUCUAAUUGGAAAGCGUCUAAAGUUUUACCCCAAAAAUAAUCGAUCAAAAUUUAUAUAAAUAUAUUUACAAAUUGUAUUAUGUGUAUAUUUUCAAUAUUUUUAGAGGUAACAAAGUCAUACUGGCAAAUGCUUGAAUAUUUUUCUCAUUAAUAUGACUGCCUUUGUAAUAAAUUUUGGCAAAAAUGUAAUUAAUAGUUAAUUUGCCAUAUAAACGAAUUCUUUCCGUCUUCUAAAAAAAUAUUUACGCUGCUUAAAAAAAAAAUAUUUAAAAUGCCCACUAGUGCCAAUAUAUAUAGUAAAUAAACCUUUAUAAUAUUACGUAAAUGUUAUUCAAAAAGCAUUUUUCAUACAAUUUAAUUUAUCCAAGAGAUAUAUUGACAUUUAUUAACUAGCAUAAAUUUUGUAUAACACCUCCAAAUGUUUGGUUUUUGAUAUUAUUUUUAUAUUAUUUUAAAAAAUGUUAUUUCCGCAAGCCCGCCUCUUUGUAUUUUAUUACUUAUAUUAUAUACUUAAUUGACCAGAUUUAUGCUUAAGUUUACUCUGAGUGAUUUCUAAUAAAAUUAACUUGAUUAAUUUAUUAACUUUUUAAUCGCAUUUAGUUUUAUUUAGGUUUAGAGCUGAUAUAGUGACAGGGUGCCAUGUUUAUUUUAAUGUUUUUUUUUUAAUGCAACGAAGGGUCGAUUAACGGUUUUGAAAUCGGUUUUUAACUUAUUUCCAUUUCGUUGCAUUUGUGAAAUUUUGUAAUCUCAUCAGCGUGCUC